AUGAGCGAUCAGACGCCUGUGAAAAAUGGCGACGUUCAAGUCCCAGAAACUUCACCGGCUGAAGAAACGAAAAUUGCGUCGUCAUCACCGCUUAAAAACGACAAUAUACAGCAAUCGUCAUCGAUUUUGAGAGACAAAUUUGUCUACAAACCGCCUGAGAAACCCACUUUGAGCGAUCUGGUAAGUUCAGAGGCUGGUAAUGCGAGUGGCAUGGACGUGGAAGUUGCGACUUUGGUGUCAGAGUACCCCGAAUUCUCAGAAACAUUGAUUAAAGCGGUGUUUAAGUCAAAUUCGUACAAUUUGGACUUGACACGCGAAAGGUUGGAAAAGAUACAGUCUCAGAAAACUUCACGAUCCUGGGCUUGGAAUGCCGGAGACAAGAAACCCACUGCUCGGCUGGGAACGCUGGGAUCGACAUCUUCGUCGUCGUCUUUGGCGGAUGCAAGAUCCGGAAGCGGUGGUGGCUUUAGCAGAGCCGGAUACGGUAGCGGCAGAACGGUAGUCGCAUCGCCUGAGAAAUCUUCGAAAGUCACCGUGGAAAAGCAAAAAAGCUCUAUUUUCGACCGUUACUCGCAUGUCAUGAACCAACGUCAUAGGCCAACAAUGGAAUCGGUGGUGAUCGAUCCAUCCACAAUUGCACAACAGGACUCAACGAUCCGUAAAAGACGGAAACUGGUGCGUGCUUCGGAUACCGUGCCACAACAACCAAGACUGAGCGGGAGUAAAAAGGGCUCUGUGUCACUGUCAGACGAGGAUGAAGGAGAGGUCAGCGGGGACGAAAACAUUAGUGGAGAAGACUACCAAGAAAGGACACCAGAGAUUAAUAUUGAUGCGGAUAUUUUGAAGUUUUUGAACGAAGCAGACGUUAAGGAUCUAGCGGAUCUUGCCGAUACAUCGCUGGAUAAGGCAAGCAUGGUGGUCAAAAACAGACCCUACAGCAACUUGACGGAGUUUAGCCAGGCUGAUUUCGUCACUGAGGAAGAGGUACAGAAGCAAGAGAAAAAGAAGACAACCAAAAGAGGUCCUAAUAAAAAAGAUGGUGAAAAGCUUCUCGACAAAGUCAUUCAAACCAUGAAAGGUUACAACGCGAUCGAUUCGCUCAUCAAGAAGUGCUCGGCUUAUGGGGAUUCAAUUGCUUCUCAAAUACAGAAAUGGGGUGUUAAUGUGGAAGAUAUUCAGAGUGGAGAGCUCAACUUCAUUGAUAUCGGUGACGACGACGAAAGUGAGGUAAGUGAGAGUGAGACACCUGCUCCAGAAACACCUGCUAGCAAUAGUACAGGACCCGUUGCUAAAGUGAAGAAGACUAAGACAGAGGGCGAUGAGAGUGAUUUUGAAGAUGACGAAGAAGAGGACUACCAAGACAGUGAUGACGAAGAAUUUAGUGCCAGGAGAAGAACAAGAACCUCGGGCCGUGGUAGAGGACGACCAAGGCAGUCUGCGGUGAAAUUUUUCAAGCAGAAGCCAAAACUUUUAUCUCCUGAAGUAUCUCUGAAAGACUACCAGCAAACGGGUAUUAACUGGAUAAACCUUCUCUAUCGGAACAACCUUUCGUGCAUCUUAGCUGAUGAAAUGGGUCUUGGAAAAACUUGCCAAGUUAUAGCUUUCCUAGCUUAUCUCAAACAAAACAACGAACCGGGUCCACAUUUGGUUGUAGUACCGUCUUCAACCCUGGAAAAUUGGCUAAGGGAAUUUGCCAAAUUCUGUCCCGAAAUGAAGAUCGAGCCUUAUUAUGGAUCUCAGCAAGAACGGGCUGAUCUCCGCGAAAUUUUAGAAGACAAUGACGGACAUUACGAUGUGGUGGUGACCACAUACAACCUUGCUUCAGGUAGCAAGUACGACGUUUCAUUUCUAAAAAACCGUGGGUUUAACGUUGUUGUCUAUGAUGAGGGUCAUAUGCUCAAGAACUCGCUUUCAGAACGGUUCUCUAAACUCAUGAAGAUUGAGGCCAACUUCCGAAUGCUUUUGACGGGAACGCCCCUGCAGAAUAACCUGAAGGAACUAAUGUCCCUACUAGAGUUUAUCAUGCCUUCUCUUUUUAUCUCUAAAAAAGACGAUUUAUCUGCGGUUUUUAGACAGAGAGCGAGAACCUCAGACUCAAACAAGGACUAUAACCCGCUCUUAGCACAAGAAGCCGUAGCCAGAGCUAAAACUAUGAUGAAGCCAUUCAUUUUGAGACGGAAAAAAGAUCAAGUAUUGAAGCAUCUGCCUCGCAAGCAUACCAAGGUUGACUACUGCGAGAUGUUCGAGGACCAAAGGGCAAUUUACAAUCGCGAAAUCCAACUUGUUUUGGAGCACAAGCGCAUGCUCGCCGAAAAAGCCGAUGAAAGUGACUCAAAUGAAGAACCCAAGAAAAAUGGCAAAGUGGUGAAAACCAAAAUGAACAUUUCCAAAAAUCUGAUCAUGUCCUUGAGAAAAGCCUCCUUGCACCCAUUGCUGUUCAGAUAUAUCUACACCAAUGACAUAAUAGAUCAAAUGAGUCAAGCAAUUUUGAGUGAGCCGGACUACGCUGAAAAUGGUAACAAAGAUUACAUCCAAGAGGACAUGAGUUACAUGACCGACUUUGAGUUGCAUAAGUUGUGUUUGAAUUUUCCCAAGACGCUUGGACCUUUUCAGCUGAAAAACGAUGAAUGGAUGAAUUCGGGUAAAGUCAAAGUUCUGGGAAAGAUCCUGAAAGACAUUAUUGAAAACAAGAAGGAAAAAGUCCUGAUUUUUUCGCUGUUCACGCAGAUGCUGGACAUCUUGGAAAUGGCGCUAACCACGAUGAACAUCAACUUUCUGCGUUUGGAUGGAUCGACGCAGGUCAACGAUCGUCAAACUUUGAUUGACAAAUUCUAUGAAGACGACGACGUCCCGGUAUUUAUCCUGUCGACAAAGGCAGGAGGCUUCGGGAUUAACUUGGUAUGUGCCAACCACGUGAUCAUAUUUGAUCAAAGCUUUAACCCACACGACGACAAGCAAGCUGCGGAUCGUGCACAUCGUGUUGGCCAGACUAAGACUGUGCACGCAACCACGUUGAUCACGAAGAACUCGAUAGAAGAGAAGAUUCUCCAGCUCGCCAAAAACAAAUUGGCUCUCGACGUGCACAUCAGCGAGGACGAUCCGAAAGCCACCGAAGCACUGGAUAACCGUGUGAGCGAUAUUCUCGAGGACAUCAUCUACGAUGAGAACAAGUAG